GUUCUCUGAUCGAUCUACCCAGCCUAGUCCCAAGAGAGACUGAAGCUGCACAGGAGAGACAGCGUGACUGGGAUGGAGUUGUGCCUACUGCUGUGGAUGAUGUGGACGUUUACGGGAAGCGCAUCAGCAGUGCCCGACCAAUACAGUAGAGCUGUGGAUUGGCUCAGUAGGUAUGGAUACCUUCCUCGUCCUGACCCACACACAAGUCAGCUGCUGACCAAAGAGGGGAUUGAGAUAGCUGUCCGUAUUAUGCAGAGAUUUGGGGGCCUUCAGGAAACUGGGGUGCUUGACUCGGAAACACUCAAACUCAUGUCUAAACCACGAUGCUCUCUUCCUGACAUCGUUGGAAGUGAUGAUAUAUUGAGGAGGCGGAAGAGGAGAAAAAGAUAUGCCCUGUCAGGCCUUAAAUGGGAUAAGACGGCCCUCACGUGGAGUGUCCACAGCUACCCAAAUCCUUCCACCUCCCCCCGCCUGGAUAACAGUUUAGUGGAAACCCUCCUGACUCACGCCUUCAAAGCCUGGAGUGAUGUGGCCCCCUUGAAUUUCCGUCAGCUGCAGAGAGACAGCAGUGGGGCCACGGCUAAAGGGGACAUCAGAGUGUCUUUUGACCGCAUGUUUCAUGAUGACGGGUACCCUUUUGAUGGACAGGGUGGCACCUUGGCCCAUGCCUUUUUUCCUGGAACACUUGACAUAUCUGGUGACACACAUUUUGAUGAUGACGAGAUCUGGAGCUACGCAGGUGACAGCAGAAGCACAGACUUGUUCACAGUUGCAGUGCACGAGUUUGGCCAUGCACUGGGCUUGUCUCAUUCCUCCUCUGAUCUGUCCAUCAUGAAGCCGUACUACCAGGGUCCUGUGGGAGACAUUUCCCGUUUUAAACUGGCCAUGGAUGACAGGCUGGCCAUCCAACAGCUUUACGGUGUGAAAGAUACCGAGCGACCAGGUGGUGUUGAUCCUGACCUCCCACGCCUGCCCAGUCCACGUCCACCUCCACAGAGGCCAACACAGCAUUCUGAUCCGUCAUUCCAAGACCGGUGUCAGGGGGGCUUUGAUGCCAUAGGAAAUAUCAGGGGAGAGGUCUUCUUUUUUAAAGGUGAACAGUUCUGGAGAACCCAACGAGACGGGUCUCUGGUGUCCUUAGAUCCAGCAAAGAUCAGAAACUUUUGGAUCGGCCUUCCACACGGAACAAACAAGAUCGACGCAGUGUAUGAGAGGAAGAGCGACAGCCGUAUCGUCUUCUUUAUUGGAUCUCAGUACUGGGUCUUCAAGGAUACUGUGGCCAUGACCGGUUACCCUCGGCCCCUCUCUGACUGGAGCAUGAGGAAAAGAUCGGGUGAGAUGGUGGACAGGGUAGAUGCGGCCUUUGUCUGGGCACAUAACGGCAAAACAUACCUGUUCAGCGGAGGGGAGUUUUGGAGGUUUGACGAAAACAGUAAGGAUGGGCAGGUGACCAUGCAACCAGACCCAGGAUACCCACGGGAAAACAGCCUAUGGGAAGGCAUGCCUACCCACAUGGAUGACAUCAUUAGCUGGAGAGAAGGAAAUACCUAUUUCUUCAAGGACAACUCCUACUGGGUGCUCAUGAAUGGAGGCCUGAACCAAGAUGAUGCAACUCCUAAAUCCAUUGCAGUGGACUGGCUUAAAUGUCCAGCUCCUCCUUCAACCUCUACUCCAGAAAAUCCUCGAUUCCCAAAUACAUGCACCUGUGCUUUGUCAGGUUCGCGUCCAUCGCUGAGAAGCAGUUCUCUCCUCCUGAUCUCUAUUAUUUUACUAAUCUACAUGUAUGAGUUUAAUGGAACCCUGAGUUUGUAAAUUGCUUGAGUGGAUAUUUACUACUUCCUUCACUCCACUGGCGGGUGAUUACUAAAGAGACUUUAUGUCAUUAUGUCCUCACAGAACAGUGCAACCCUGUAUCCGAGUGGCAUAACAAGUCUCUCUGAAAUACCCCACUGUGUUUUUGUAAAUACUUUGUCUCAUCAGCACAUAUUCCUAACCUUUUUUAUUGGAUGAAUGAAAUGAAAUGAAUGAAAUUUAAUGCCAUGAUCGAGCACAGAGGCUACUUCCUCAUAACAAAGUCUAUAUAGAACUGUCUUUGGAUGAAAACCAGGUUAAUCAAACAUACCUAACAGCAAAAGACAUUUUAAUUUCCAAGUAUAUCUAUUUAUAUUUGACUCUUUGUGCCAUUGUAUAUCACUAAUAUAUACUGCACAGAUAGAUCUGCGAUUUGGUCAAUUAAACAAUAAACAAAAUUUUUAUGCGUGGGUAGUUUUCACAAAUGUUCUGUACAGACAAAAUUUUGGUUCUUGUUAAUUACUGUUAUUGUAGAAAUUUAAAAUGUUUUAUGUUUAUAGUUGAUUAUUUGAAUUUUCCUGAGGCUGAGUAGUUACAGUUGCGUUGAGAAGGCUGCCACGUGUGACUGGGAUGAUAAGAUUUGCAGAUAGAGCAUACCAGUAAAUCCAUUAAUGGCUUUCACAGCAUACAUCAGAUAGACUUACUGUCGUGCAUGCAUGUGUGUCAUUCUGUCUGCAAACACGAUUGCUCAAACAGUUUUGAAUGAAUUCUGAUAAAACUUUGUAGGGGUGAAGCGUGGGGUCAUGUUAACAAGAAUAUGUUAAAAUGAGUUUCAGCAGGGCAAAUAACAUAAGCCUGCACUUUGCACCUAUUUUUACUUCACUACAAAUGUUUUAAAGUUACAAGUACAAUUUUUUUUUAAAGAACAAAGAAAAUAAUUAUAUUUACAAAAUACUUUGCUCUGGUGGAGAUUUGCACUCUCUGAGUGCUUCUUGUUUAUUUAUGGUUUGGUUUUACAGCUUUAACCUUGACAACUUAAAACGUAUUUCUUUAAAGACACCGCCUUUAAUUUGAAGGUGUGUCACUAACUCACUAUUGUAUGUUUCAGAGCCAAGCUGAAUCAUUUUUACAGGUUAAAUAUUUGUGAUUCUUCACUGACACUGCUAUUUAAGUGGUGUUCACUUCAUGGGGUUAUUAGAAAGUCCAGGCCCUUUUGCAGUGACCCACUUUACUUUUUUCAGUGACAUCAAAUA